UAGUUUGAAAUGCAAACAGUUGAAGAUCAGGCCGAAAAAGAUGCUCUCAUCCAUCUUAGAGGUGGUCCGCUAGAUAGUCCUUUAUGGGAUCCAGAACCAACAAUUCCUGUUAUACCAGUGAUUAAACCACAACCAUGGGAACUGAGUACACUAAUAUUUGAUACAUGCUUCUAUGCAAUCUUAGCCAUUAUUAUACUAGGACAAAUUUUAAUUAUUUAUAGAGUAUGCUAUAAAUAUUUUGGUCAUUUAUUCAGAAAAUUUAUACUCACUGAAACAUCACAGUCAUUGGAAUUAGAAGAUUGGAAUAAAAUUCAUAUUGCAAAGUAUACACCAAAUACUGUAGAAUAUGUUAAAGAAUCACCUGAGAAGUAUUAUUUUCUAGCUGAAGAUUAUAAAGAAUUAUUGAGAAUAUUGAAUUUUAUUGAUGAGCAUAGUCGUGUAUAAUGAGUUGUUUGUUAGUUAACCAAUCUGUUAAAUCUAUAAAAG